AUGCCUGUGAUGAAGGGAUUAUUAGCGCCGCAGAACACCUUUCUGGACACUAUAGCCACACGCUUUGAUGGCACGCACAGUAACUUCAUCCUGGCCAACGCACAGGUCUCGAAGGGCUUUCCCAUCGUCUACUGCUCCGAUGGCUUCUGUGAGCUCACAGGUUUCUCCCGGGCAGAGGUCAUGCAGAAGAGUUGUGCCUGUAAAUUCCUGUACGGGCUGGAGACCAGUGAAAGCAUCAUCCUCAGCAUUGAUGAAGCGCUGGAGGAGCGGAAGGAGUUCAAGGACGAGAUCAUGUUUUACAAAAAGACAGCUGUGCUGUUCUGGUGCCUGCUGGACAUCGUGCCAAUUAAGAAUGAGAAGGGAGAUGUGGUGCUCUUUCUGGCCUCAUUUAAGGACAUCACCGACACAAAAGCCAAAGCCAUCCAAGAGGACAAGAAGGAAGAGCGGCGGCGAGGGAGGGUGAAAACGGGCCCUCCGUUCAGCGCGGCACGAAUGCGGAGCAGCACGGUGCUCUACCACAUCUCUGGCCACCUCCACAGCAGAGAGAAGAGCAAGAUUAAGCUCAAUAAGAAUGUGUUUGGAGAUCCUCCUGCUCUGCCAGAAUACAAAGUAGCAGAUGCCAAGAAGUCCAAAUUCAUCUUACUUCACUACAGCACAUUCAAAGCUGGCUGGGACUGGCUGAUUCUGCUCGCCACUUUCUAUGUUGCUGUGACUGUGCCGUACAACGUGUGCUUCAUUGGUGACGAUGAUGAUCUGACACGCAGCACGACUGUCAGUGACAUCGCUGUAGAGAUUCUCUUUAUCAUAGAUAUUGUUUUUAAUUUUCGCACAAGUUAUGUCAGCAAGUCAGGCCAGGUGAUCUUUGAUGCUCGACAGAUCUGCAUCCAUUACCUGACCACGUGGUUCAUCAUCGACCUGGUGGCAGCGUUGCCCUUCGAUCUGCUCUAUGCCUUUAAAGUCAGCGUGGUGUCUGUGGUCCACCUGCUAAAAACGGUCCGUCUACUCCGGUUGCUACGGCUGCUCCAGAAGAUGGACCGCUACUCACAGCACAGCACGGUGGUCCUGACCCUGCUCAUGUCCAUGUUCGCCCUGCUGGCACACUGGAUGGCCUGCAUCUGGUACAUCAUCGGCAAGAUGGAGAUGGAGGCCAACGCCUACAACUGGGACAUUGGGUGGCUCCAUGAGCUGGGGAAGCGUCUGGAGUCCCCGUACUACGCCAUAGGAGGUGUGAAUGGGACCAGCAGUGGGCCCUCUAUCCGUAGUGUCUACAUCGCCUCCCUCUACUUCACCCUCAGCAGCCUGACCAGCGUGGGCUUCGGGAAUGUGUCAGCAAACACAGACACUGAGAAGAUCUUCUCUAUCUGUGUCAUGCUUAUCGGAGCCCUGAUGCACGCUCUGGUCUUCGGAAACGUAACAGCCAUAAUCCAGAGGAUGUACUCCCGCUGGUCUCAGUACCACACCAGAACCAAAGACCUCAAGGACUUCAUUCGAGUCCACCACCUGCCGCAGAGCCUCAAGCAGCGGAUGUUGGAAUAUUUUCAGACAACAUGGUCGGUCAACAACGGCAUCGACUGUAACGAGCUGUUGAAGGAUUUCCCGGAUGAGCUGCGAUCCGACAUCACCAUGCACCUUAACAAGGAGAUCCUGGAGCUGUCGCUGUUCGCCUCUGCCAGCCGCGGCUGCCUGCGCUCGCUGUCCCUGCACAUCAAGACCACCUUCUGCGCUCCUGGGGAGUACCUCCUCCGCCAGGGUGACGCGCUGCAGGCCAUCUUCUUUGUCUGCUCGGGGUCCAUGGAGGUGCUGAAAGACGGCAUGGUGCUGGCCAUCCUGGGGAAAGGAGACCUGAUUGGAGCAAACCUGUCCUUAGACGACCGAGUGAUAAAGACCAACGCGGACGUGAAAGCGCUGACCUACUGCGACCUGCAGUGUGUGAAUCUGAAGGGACUGUACGAGGUGUUGGACCUUUACCCCGAGUACUCACAUCACUUUGUUCAGGACAUCCAGCAGGACCUCACGUAUAACCUGAGGGAGGGGCACGAGACACAUGUGAAGGCCAGACUAUCUACAACAACUUUAGACACCCAGCCUGGGGUGGGGAGAAAUGGCCGAGUGGUUCAAGGUUUUCCGCCCAUCAUUGAGGCGCAGGAGAAACAGGAGGAAGACGACGAAGAGGAGGAUGAGGAGGAAGAGGAAGACGAGGGCAUGUCUGCACCAGAGCGGAACAGAGCGGGGCACCUCAGGGACACAGGUGGGAAGUCUCCCCUAAUUCGACCCAGCCAGAACUCCAGGAGGUCCCGGAGGAAGAUGCAGGAAAUCACACUCACCACGUUAGACCCGUCCAACUUGAGCCCCAGGAUAGUGGAUGGUACAGAGGACAGCGAGGGGAGGGAGUCUACCCCAGCCUUCUCCUUUUCCAACAGUCGAGGUUGUCCCGUCAGUGAACCAAACAGUGCCUCAGCGUCCGCCACAGAUAUGCUGCAGAUCAGCACGGCAGAGCUAGCAGCUAAAGCCGAGGAGACGAGGGGGCAACUGCGACACCUCGACCAGCAGGUGUGCACCCUUGGGAGAGAGGUAGCUGACCUUGGACGGGUCAUGAACAGGAUGGCCCACCUCAUGGAGACCCUAAUGUCAUCAGCGCCACAGCCCACACUGGUCUGCCCCGCGCACUACUCCCCAGGACAGCACACAUACCUGCCCCACUCUAACCCCCCUCAGUCCUACGCUUCACCCUCCUCCUCUCAGACUGCUUCCAUCUGGAUGGACACGCCCAUAUCUCUGCCCUCUUCUCCGCUCACUUUCUCCCAACAACACGGAGGAGUUUACCACCAGGACCCCCUCACACACAGACCCCAGGACCUCCAGCUGGGAUACACAGCUUCCCCAAGCUCACAUUUACCACCAAAGCCCAACUUAUCAGACCUUCAGCUACAGUCAGUCAUCUCUGAGUCUCACCUGCGUUCCUCACCUGUCAGCUUACCGGAGAUCUCACACCACACAGAUGGAGUUUCUGAUUCUUUCAGGUCGAGGGUGCACAGUCCAACCUUGCAAGACAGAGGCGAUGAGGAGCCUCAUCAGAGCUCUGGGUGCUCUCUGCAAACAGGACUUGGGGGAACCUACCACAGCCCGACAAAGGGCUUGUAG